UUUGGUUGCUCCUUUGGGAGACCUACGUGCUGCAGACCGUUGUCAUAGGGACAGUCAGGAGGACACAACCCUUUGGCUUUAGUUAUGACGUCCCAGUAGAUCUUCCCAAGGUGUAUCAGAGGGGGCAUUUUUGCAACCUUAUAAGGAACUUUGGGAUUUCUUUCUGGAUUUUAGGAGGACAAGAACAGUUUGCAGUUUCAAGGUUCCAGCGUCUGAACCAUGUUCUCCACGGUCACUUCAUACAAGAACCAGCAUUACUCUGAGCUGAAGAGGAAAUGUCUGGAGGACAAGGAACUGUUUGAGGAUCCAGAGUUUCCUGUCACCAAUGCAUCCCUGUUUUACAGGAAACCACCCCCUGGUAUGGUGGAGUGGAAGAGACCACGGGAGGUCAGUGAUGGGCCUCAUCUGUUUGUGGAGGGCAUCAGCUCCCAUGACCUGAACCAGGGGCUUUUGGGUAACUGCUGGUUUGUGGCGGCAUGCUCCUGCCUGGCACUGAAGCCAGACCUCUGGCAGAAGGUCAUCCCUGACUGGAAGGAGCAGGAAUGGGACUCCAAGCACCCGGAGAACUACGCUGGCAUCUUCCACUUCCAGUUCUGGGUGUUUGGGGAGUGGGUGGACGUGGUGGUGGAUGACCGCCUGCCCACCAUCAAUGGAGAGCUCAUCUACUGCCACUCCAAAGUCAACAACGAGUUUUGGAGUGCCCUGCUUGAGAAAGCCUAUGCCAAGCUCUCUGGCUGCUAUGAGUCGCUGGACGGGGGCAACACUGGGGAUGCGGUGGUGGAUUUCAGUGGAGCCGUGGCAGAGGCCAUUAACCUUGAAGCUGAAGCUUUCCACAAAGACCAGGGGAGAAUGGACAAACUGUUUGAGGACCUGUUCAACGUCUACGACAGGGAUGGAAUAAUCAGCUGCUCCAUCAAGGCGUCUCCUUCUGAAAUCGAGGCACGGUUGGCGUGUGGGCUGGUGAAGGGCCAUGCCUACUCAGUCACUUCAGUGAAGAAAGUACGAUUGGGCCACGGGCUGAUGGCCUACUUCCAGAACGAGACCAUCCCCCUGAUUCGCAUGAGGAACCCCUGGGGAAAGAUUGAGUGGAACGGAGCCUGGAGUGACAGUUCAGCGGAAUGGAAAAAGGUUGGCAGCAUGGAGAGGAAUAAGCUUGGCAUCACAGUGCAAGAUGAUGGGGAGUUCUGGAUGGAGUUUAGAGACUGGUGUAAGUACUUCACAGAUGCAGACGUGUGUCAUCUCAUCAACACCUCCCUGCUCACCAUCGACAAGACAUGGAACGAAGUGAUGAUUUUAGGGAGUUGGACCAAGAAUGCAGAACCUCUGCGCAACCGCUGUGGAGGCUGCAUGAACCACAAACAUACCUUCUUACAGAACCCCCAGUACCUGUUUGAGGUGACCAAGGAAGUGGAUGAGGUUCUGAUCUCCCUACAGCAGAGAGACAUGAAGAUCCACAGACGUACUGGCCAGGGAGAGAACCUCACCCUCGGCUUCGCCGUCUUCAAGGUUGAACUGAAUAGGAAAUACCGCAUGCAUGACAUCAUCACCCAACUUAACGUGCAAACUACUACGUACAUCAACGCCCGCACGGUGUUCAUGAGGGCCACGCUCCCCAAGGGUCGCUACAUCAUCAUCCCCUCCACCUUCAAACCUGAGAUUCUGGGAGAGUUCAUGCUGCGUGUUUACACUAACGUAGACUCAGGAUGCAGAGAACUGACAGAACACCAGCCCAGGAUGACGUGUUGGAGUAAGUUGACUGGCUACCCUGUUGUCGUGUCCCAGAUCUACGUCCACGGAGCAGAGGGGCUGGAGAACCAGGACCGCACAGGGGGCGCAGAUCCAUAUGUGAUCGUAUCCUGUGAGGGCUCCUCAGUUCGGUCAACAGUCAAGGCGGACACCGUGAAGCCGGUGUUUGAUACCAGAGCCAUCUUCUACAGGAAGAAGCCCACAAAGCCAAUCACUGUGGAGGUGUGGAACAGUAAUGCUGUGAAGGACCAGUUCCUGGGCCAGGUGGUUCUGACAGGCUCAGUGAAGGACUCCACCAACCCCCAGAGGCUCCAGCUGAGGAAGAGAGGCAGAGCCAUGGCCGACGAGAUGCCUGGCUCCAUCACCCUCCGUAUCGUCACCUGCACCGAGCUCACAGACAUGUGACCUGGAUCAGCUGACUACUACCUGGGUCACAUUGACAAUGUGUACAACACUCUGUUGCCUCUGACACUUUGAACAGGGGCUCAUCACUACAAGGCAUAAAGUUAUCACUCAGAAUGACUAUCAAUGUGAGCUUACAAUAUAUUCUACUAAGGACUGCCAUGGUCAUGGACCAAGAAGUAUCUAUUAAGGACUGCCUUGGUCAUGGACCAAGAAGUAUCUAUUAAGGACUGCCUUGGUCAUGGACCAAGAAGUAUCUACUAAGGACUGCCAUGGUCAUGGACCAAGAAGUAUCUAUUAAGGACUGCCUUGGUCAUGGACCAAGAAGUAUCUAUUAAGGACUGCCUUGGUCAUGGACCAAGAAGUAUCUAUUAAGGACUGCCAUGGUCAUGGACCAAGAAGUAUCUAUUAAGGACUGCCUUGGUCAUGGACCAAGAAGUAUCUAUUAAGGACUGCCUUGGUCAUGGACCAAGAAGUAUCUACUAAGGACUGCCUUGGUCAUGGACCAAGAAGUAUCUAUUAAGGACUGCCUUGGUCAUGGACCAAGAAGUAUCUACUAAGGACUGCCUUGGUCAUGGACCAAGAAGUAUCUAUUAAGGACUGCCUUGGUCAUGGACCAAGAAGUAUCUAUUAAGGACUGCCUUGGUCAUGGACCAAGAAGUAUCUAUUAAGGACUGCCUUGGUCAUGGACCAAGAAGUAUCUAUUAAGGACUGCCUUGGUCAUGGACCAAGAAGUAUCUAUUAAGGACUGCCUUGGUCAUGGACCAAGAAGUAUCUAUUAAGGACUGCCUUGGUCAUGGACCAAGAAGUAUCUAUUAAGGACUGCCUUGGUCAUGGACCAUGAAGUAUCUAUUAAGGACUGCCUUGGUCAUGGACCAAGAAGUAUCUAUUAAGGACUGCCUUGGUCAUGGACCAAGAAGUAUCUAUUAAGGACUGCCUUGGUCAUGGACCAAGAAGUAUCUAUUAAGGACUGCCUUGGUCAUGGACCAAGAAGUAGCUUCAAGCCUUCUGGAGUUUUGUUUGUUCUUAUUGUGUUUUGUAAAGGGACAAGACAUUACUUUUUGAAAGAUGAAUAACUGUAAAUAUAUAAUUAUUUUAUACUAGACUAUACACUAUGAAACAUAAUAACUCUUCAGAGUAAUACGCAUACUGUAUCUGUAUACAACAUUAUGCAACUUAUACAUUCUAAUAAUAUGUUUGUUAUCAUAUACAAAUAAAAGUGCCUCUUUUCAUAUUGCUGAAAAACAGCCAAAAGGCUCUUGCUGCAAAAUAUUGGAAAGUCUUGAAAGAGCCGAAUGUAUCUGGAGUGUAAGUUUUGGACCAUGGUCAUUCAUUUGUGUCAUUCCACUGAACUUAUUGAAAUGUCUAAAGAGUAUGUACUGCCUCUAAACUACCAUACUCCUUUGCUCAAAAUGUCUUGCCACUUUUAGUCCCUCUCUACUAACAGCAAAGAAAAGUAAAUCCAUUCAAACCAAAAAGUUAUUUUUGUAUUUUUUUUAAUUUCAGUUCCGUUCCCAAACUGCAGUAUUUUGUUGUUUUACACUCAAGACACAGCCAUGCACAAUUCAGAAUUCCAAAAAGUAUGUUGCUUUAACCACAAUUAAAAAUAGCUUAUCCAAAACCUUAGUUGUCCCCAGUUGCUUUUCUCAUCUGUCCUUUUCCAAAGAUGGGGCUUGCUGAGGUUCACCAGAUGGGUCAGCAGUUUACAAACCCAGAUAAUAAUAAUAAUCAUCAUUUUAAAUAAACACUUUUUUGCCUUUG